AUGCGUUUCCUCCACGUGGUGGCACUGCCUAGUGUCUUCGUCUUUGCAUCCAAAGUAGAUCGGCUUCAAGCCCUUGAGUCCGAUUCUGACGAGAAAGAUGUUCUUGCUGAUGCAUACAGCCGAUCCGAUGAUGCAGCGGUUGUCAGCGAGGAAGACAGGAGUUUUCAAACCUUCCUCCAGAGCUUACUCCGGGGAUCAGCUGCAGCGCCUAAGGCAUCUUCGACAAUGUCUGUGGCUGAAGCCGCUAAGGUCGUACAAAGCGCUGAGUCAGUUGGGAAAGGUGCACCGGUUGGGAAGAAACAUUUCAGCCGUUUAUUCCAGGAUAUAGUGAAGCAGAAGGAGACAAGUGGAGAGAACUUUGACAGUUAUGUUGGCAGCGCGGAGUACUUUGAGCUUAUUGCGCAGAUGUAUGAAGCGAACAGGAAACUGUAUGGAAAGAAGGCCAUCCAACCCUAUGAGUUCUUUGUGAAGGAGCUCCCGCGCAAAAAAUUGGCACUAGCAAUCGACGGUGCUCUUAAAAGCAGCAAGGCACAAAGGAAGACGCAAGGGGAGCUGCUGAAGAAAGCAGCCCAUGCCAAAUUGGCGAAGAUGUGGAAUGUGGCAGCCAAGGACGUUCCGGCCGAAUUUUAUAAAUGGCGCCCAUUGAAGAUCUUCCUGUGGAAACUGAACCUGAUAAACCCUCAGGAAACGGCUGCGACGGAAGUUCUUACCGUGUAG